AGCAGUCGUUAGCAUAACCAGAACCGCUGCUGCUAAGAUUAACAUAAUUUGUUUCCCUCUAGUAAGAAGAACCCAGCCUAUAAAUCCCCAGGUUCUGGCACUGGUGCUGGCGCUGGAUCGCUUGAUUUCCUGAGGAACAAUCCCCAGUUUCAAGCAUUGCGGACAAUGGUGCAAUCCAAUCCAGAAAUUCUCCAGCCUGUACUUCAAGAGCUCGGAAAGCAAAAUCCCGGUCUCUUGAGACUAAUUGAUGAGAAUCAUUCUGAGUUUCUUCAGUUGAUAAAUGAGCCCAUGGAUGGUUCUGAUGGUUACCAAACCUCCACCAUGGCAGAUCUUAAAGAGCGACUGCUCCCGCUGAAACCUGCAUCAGCUAUUAACUUAAGAGAGUCCGUCGUCAACCGACCAACUGCCUCUGGAAGACAUGCUUUUCAAGGAGUCGAUGUUGUCGAGGUCAAGAAGCGUGGCCAAGGUCUUAAAUCCUGGAUUCGUGUUGACACAUCUGGAAAUUCUCAGGUCAUUGAGGUAGACAAGUUUACUAUGAUGCGUCGUUGUGAUCUUCCUGCCCGUGAUCUUCGCCUACUUGAUCCUGUCUUUGUCUAUCCAUCAACAAUCCUUGGUAGGGAGAAGGCUAUUGUUGUAAAUCUGGAGCAGAUACGCUGCAUUAUUACAGCAGAUGAGGUUCUUCUGUUGAAUUCCCUUGAUAAAUAUGUAUUGCAAUAUGUGAUUGAUCUUCAACGAAGGUUGACAACAACUGGGGGAGGCGAGGUGGGUGAUGUAGGCGAGGUCUGGCAAUCAGACCAUUCUGAAAUGAACCAAAGGAGAGGCAGUAGGAAUUUUGAAAAUUUAUACAGCAACACUUCCCCUGAUUACUUACCUUUUGAAUUCAGGGCUCUUGAAGUUGCCCUCGAGGCGGCGUGCACAUUUCUUGACACCCAGGCAGCAGAGUUAGAAAUUGAGGCUUAUCCGUUGCUGGAUGAACUGACAUCGAAGAUUAGUACUCUAAAUUUGGAACGCGUUCGUCGGUUGAAAAGCAGACUUGUUGCCCUGACUAGGAGGGUUCAGAAGGUUAGAGACGAAAUAGAGCAGCUUAUGGAUGAUGACGGUGAUAUGGCUGAAAUGUACCUUACGGAGAAGAAAAGACGGAUGGAAUUAUCAUUUUAUGGAGAUCAGUCUAUGCUUGGAUAUAGAUCAGUUGACGGUGCGUCUAUCUCUGCUCCAGUCACUCCUGUUUCAUCACCACCUGAUUCUAGAAGGCUUGAGAAGAGCUUGAGCAUGGCUAGGAGUCGACAUGAGAGCAUGAGGAGUAGCGAAAGUAAUACAGAAAAUAUAGAAGAGCUUGAGAUGUUGUUAGAAGCAUACUUUGUUGUCAUUGACAGCACUCUAAACAAGUUGACUUCGGUAAGCACACACACUUUUAUCAACAUUAACCCUUUUCUUUUCAACUUCACUACAGUUUAUCUAUCACUAUUUCCCCUUUUCUUGUUUCAGUUAAAAGAAUACAUAGAUGACACGGAAGAUUUCAUCAACAUUCAACUGGAUAAUGUUCGGAAUCAGCUUAUCCAGUUUGAGCUUUUGCUCACAACUGCAACAUUUGUGGUUGCAAUAUUUGGAGUGGUGGCAGGAGUAUUUGGGAUGAACUUUGAAAUUCCAUUCUUUGAUGUCCCAUCUGCAUUCCAGUGGGUCCUUAUAAUAACAGGAGUUUGUGGAGUGUGUAUAUUUUCUGCAUUUGUAUGGUUCUUCAAGUACAGAAGACUCAUGCCCCUAUAAGAAUCUACACCAACAUGAACAUGAUUCAAACAAUUGCAAGAUGGCAUAUGAUGUUUUGGUCUUAAUCAUCGGGAUCUCAGGAAAAAAAGGACCUGGUAAUCCGGAAUAUGAUGUUUUGUGUUUGUUAUGCAAUCAUAAAAUUCAAAUGCAAAGCCGGCUGCAAUUUUCUAAAUUCAAUUUUGUAUCAAUUUUAGGCAAUUCCAAAUGGUAUUCUGAUACGUCAAUCAAUGUAUGUAUAGUUAGACAAAAUUAAUAAUUGAUGGACAAAUCAUCUUCUUAGUUCCGA